CUACCGCAGUGGGCGGGGCUUCCUCGCACAGGAAAAGGGGCGAACGGCGGGUAAACGUUACUUUCUCACGCUCUGUAAUCCAUAUGGCCGCUAAUUUGGUUUAGAUAUUAAACGCUACGACUGGCGGCGAAGGACUGCCAACUAAAGGCAAGCCGGUUUAUUAAGCACGAGGGACGAACAGACGACGGGGCGACCAGUGACAGUAAAUGAGAGCUGUGCUCCCCGGCGCACGUUUCCAGAUGCCAUAAGUUGCCUUCAUCCACCGGUCCCUGCUGUGACGUGUCCCCAGCCUCCUGCCCAUGGUACACCCACGAGCAUAACGAAGCCGUCGCCCACGCUGCCACCAUGGCGGAGCCGGGCCAGGAGGAGGCGGAGGAGGACAUGCACGUGGAGCACCAGUACAUGUGCAGCGAGUGCCAGGAGCUCUUCAACACCCUGGAGGAGGUCCUGGUCCACCAGCAGAUCCACACGGCCCCGGAGGCCGACGGCGAGGCGGCGGCGGAGGCCCUGGGUGUCCCGGACACGGGCCAGACUCAGCACUACCAGUGUCUGGAGUGUGGCAGCCUCCUGGUGAAUGCCGAGGAGCUGCUGCAGCACCAGGAGAUGCACAUGAGGGAGGCUGGGAUGGAGGUGGAGCAGCAAGAGCUGUGUGAGGUGAAGGAGGAAGCCUCGGAGGCUCAGCUGGACGGACCCGUUCAGUACCAGUGCCUUGACUGCCUGGCCCUGUUUGACUCCCCUGAUUCGUGGCUGGAGCACCGGCGAACUCACAGCAGGAGCAGCACACACAGCAACACGACGACCACGGAGUACGUGCUGCAGCCCGAUGGCUCCGUCACGCCUCUCAACAACAUGCAGAACUUUGUGCUGAGCGAGCAGCAGGCGGGGGAGAUCCUGGCUCAGGUUCUUUCCCAGCAGCAGCAGCAGCAGCAGAGCAAGCUUCGGUCCCCCUCCAAACCCGCCGGAUCCGCCCGCUCCUACCUGCUGCCGCCCAUCAUCCCCACGCCCGGCUCCGCCACCAUGCACCUGCAGAUCCUCACCGCUCAGGCUCUGGCCGACAGCUCCAGCGUCCUGAGCCAGCACUGCUCCAAGCAGCCCGGCCUGCUGUCCGCCCUGGGUCAGAGCCCCUCAGCCAAGCUGGAGGUCCUGGGGAACGCCGUUCAGAGACUGGAGCUGAGACUGGCCCCCGACGACGGCCCCCAGCAGCAGCAGCAGCAGCCGGCCGAGGUGGUGCUCCUCCACCCUUACGAGUGCUCCGAGUGCUCCCUUCUCUUCCGCACCCCGGAGGACUUCCUCCAGCACCAGGGGGAGCACUUCCUGGGCCAGGACAAGGAGAGCGGUGGGCCGGGGGUCAUGGGUGGCCUGGAGGAGAUGCGAGGGAGGGAAGAGGAAAAGGUGCAGAUUCUGAGGAGCAGAGGGCCAGAGAGCAAAGCGCUGGGCGGGGCCAAGCCGCUGCGCUGCGAGCUCUGCUACCGCACCUUCUCCUCCGUCAACCGGCUCAAAGCCCACAUGCGGGUGCACGAGCGCGGCACGCACGAGUGUCCGGAGUGCGGGAAGGUCUUCAAGAAGGCCAUGUCGCUGCAGGCGCACAUGCGCUCACACUCGGGGUUUGCACGCUACCUGUGUGUGGACUGUGGGAGCAGCUUCUCCACUGAGACGACCCUCAUCAUGCACAGGAAGGUACAUGUCGCAGAGCCGCUUCACAAGUGUGAGAUGUGCUACAAAACCUUCUCCAACAUGACCAAAUACCUCUACCAUCGUCGGCUCCACCUCAGCCAGGACUCCCCCGGAGGAGCCGCUCACGUCUUGGUGGCUUCGCCUCCACAGAGAGCGUCGGCCACCGCCCUGGCUAUCCUGCAGAGGGCAAGAGAGAAGAGGAGACUCCAACGAGAAGAGGCGGCCAUCGACCAGGAGGCCCUUCCUGUGGAGGAGGAGAUGACAGAGAGGAGGACCCUGCAGCCUGGGAGUCAGCGCGCCGUGGAUGAAGGUGAAGCGGGGCGGGCGAAGGAUGAAGGCGACAGGCGGGCGUCUGAAGCCGUGGAAGGAGACGUUAGCGAGCGGCAGGCGGUCGUGGCGGAGGAGGCUCCCUUUUCCUGCCGUUCGUGCUCCAAGUCGUUCCCCUCCCAGCUCCUGCUGGCUCACCACCGCAGCAAAUCCCACGCCCCCCAGCGCAGGUUCACGUGCGCCGUGUGCGGCAAGCUCUUCAAGAAGCAGGUCCACGUGCAGAACCACAUGCGCAUCCACACGGGCGAGAAGCCCUUCCAGUGCUCCGACUGCGGCAAGACCUUCUCGCUGCUGGCCAACCUGACGCGGCACACCCUCAUCCACUCCGGCGUGCGUCCGUACCGCUGCGACGUCUGCUACCGCUCCUUCUCCCAGUCGUCCAACCUGCGCCAGCACAGCCUGCUCCACUCCAGCGCGCCCAAGCUCGCCUGCCCCGAAUGCCCCGCCACCUUCCGCUGGCCCAACAAGCUGGCGGCGCACCGCUUCGCCCAGCACCCCGGGGCGCCGGCUCCGUUCCCCUGCCCCCGCUGCGAGGCCGGCUUCCUGACCCGCAGGCAGCGGGACGCUCACUGCGCCGAGCGGCACGCCUCCUCGGCUACCCAGGACGCCAAGGAGCCACGCGAUCCCUCAGAACCGUCCACUUCAACAACGGCGAUGGAAUCAGGGGAUUCAGCCAGUUUGGGUAAAAGCGCCCUGGACUGUAAUAUUUGUGGACGGAAGCUGAACUCCUCCUCCAACCUGCGACUUCACAGACUGAGCCACUUCGCUCUGGGCCGCGGGCCGCCGCCGCCGCGCCGCGCCCCCGGCAAGCGACCCAAGGCCCACCAGUGCCCCAUCUGUGGCAAGCUGUUCGUGUCGUCGUCGGCGGUGGCGCUUCACCAGCGCGUCCACACGGGCGAGCGGCCGUUCCCCUGCCAGGUGUGCGGCAAGCGCUUCCGUCAGAGCACGCACCUGCGCGAGCACCUGCGCACCCACUCCGGCGAGCGGCCGUUCCGCUGCGAGGUCUGCGGGAAGGGCUUCGUCCAGAGCAUGCACCUGACGGAGCACCGCAGGACGCACACGGGCGAGCGGCCGCACGCCUGCCCGCUCUGCGGCAAAGCCUUCAAGACCUUCUCCAACCUGAGGAACCACAAAAUGACGCACGCCAGGCAGCAGAGGCUGGACGAGGAGGCGGCGGCAGAGGAGGAGGAGGCGGGCAGCACGGCGGUGGCGGUGGUGGACGCGUCUGUGGUGGAGCUGACGAACGGGGAAACUCAGCUCAUCCAGAUCCAAACCUCAGAUCUGCAGCAGGGCACCCCCACCAUCAUGUGCAACGAGUUUGGAGAGACCAUCGCCAUCAUCGAGACCAGCGAGGGAGGCGCUCUCCCUCUGGAGCAGGCGCUGGAGAUCUACCAGAGGGCCUUGGAGAACGGCCUGGGCGCCGCCGGCGGCACGGUGGUGGACGGGCUGCAUCUGCUCUGAGCGAGAGCGUCGUCAGUCCUGAUACUGGAACAACGAGCGACUUCCUGCUGCGAGGUUAAACAUGGCGGCUCACAGGAGGUUUAUGUCCUGCACAACCAGAGCCCGGUUCCUGCUUGUUCGAGGGGAUCACCGUUGAGGCAUAAAUACUGAAGUGACGCUGUUUAAAUUAAAGAUGUAGCGUCAGAGUUAAAAAAACAGGACCAUUGUUUGUGCCUCUUGAUUACAUUUAUAUGAUUAUUUUUUUGUAUAAAAUGGAUGUGAUGUUUCUUCUAUUUAAAAAUGGAGAUGUAUUGUUGUGAAUGAGCAAAAUAAAGUUGUUGUUUUUUUUUUU